CAUGUGCAUUUGCUUUGGUUUUGACGCAGUGAACAGGUAGGAUAUUCAAUUCAAAGAGAGACCACCCAAGCCAUGCUUGACGACCAAGUGAUUGUGCCUUGUCAUUGGUUCAUACCAUGGCGAUAUUGAUGGAAACACGACUCUCCUCUCCCAGUGAAACAUUUGAGUAUGAUCCUCCGGACGAAACCUUGCGAGUGAUUGUCUUGGAUGGAACCACGGUGGCCAUUCAAAGCUCUUGUGGUGAUGAUGGUCAAAGCCCGGCCAGUUUCCCGAGUCAUUGGGAGUCAGAAAGAAUCUCUGAAGAUGAGAAUAACGAUAAGGGGGAGGAGGCGGGGGAGGAAAAUAGUGACUUUCUAGUCUACGAAGCACUGGUUCUGGCCCCUCAUUCAUUGCAGAGCCAGUCUUCUGAGGACGAUACCUCGGCCUACGUUUAUCGUCAGUUGACUUCAGCUCAAAUUCACCGUGAUUCAGAGUCCGUCCAGUUUAGUUCGGAUUUCUUGGACGAAGAUUCCAUUGGCGGGGACAAUCCUGGGGCUUCUCCAAGACACUAUCCAAAUGAUGGAUUGGGAUAUCAGGAUGAAUCAAAUACCUCAUGGAGUCGCCUAGGUUCGGCCAAAAGUGAUCGCAUUUUGCGCGAAUAUUGCAAGUCUCGAGGCGAUUGCGAAUCUUUCGUCGUUGCUGAAGUGGAUCGUACUGGAAAAAGCGCUUUGCAUUAUUGUGCAGAGAAUGAAAACAUUAAAUGCGUGGAACAGAUUUUGGAAGCCGAGCCAGACUUACUUCAUCUUCAAGACGAAGAAGGCUAUACGCCAUUGCAUUUAAGUGUGAUAUCCGGUAACAAGCUCGUAUUGAAGUACCUCAUCUCCAAAGGGGCCAACGUUAAUGCUCUGGACAACGAAAACCACUCUUCCAUUCAUUGGGCCACAGUUUGUGGCGAGCUUGAGGCUUUGGAUAUUUUGAUCGGGGCUGGUGCCAACCCGAGCAAUCCGGAUAUCCAUGGUGCGUAUCCCAUUCACUAUGCUGCACAAAUGUGCGGCUCGGUCAAUGAUCUGGGGGCCGACGAGCGGGCCGGACUCUCGGUUCUCAAACGAUUAAUUCAUUAUGGAGUUCCUGUGGAUGUCAAAGAUAGAGAUGGUCGAGAGCCUUUGAUGUGGGCAGCCAGUGCAGGUAGCACAGACGCAAUUUUGAGUUUAGUCAAUGCUCAAGCCAAGGUGUCAAGCGUGGACAAGGACGGCCUAAGCUCACUGCAUUGUGCUGCCAGUCGAGGCCAUCUUGAUUGUUUGGAAACUUUGAUCACUCUCUGUGGCGUGGAGGUCGAUAUUGAGGACCAUAAUGGUUGUACGCCCCUGUUUUAUGCUGUAACGCUUGGCCAUGCCGAUUGUGUGCAUUUCUUGCUGGGAGCGGGGGCCAAUCCCAAUGCCAAAGAUAAAAAGCUCCGAAGUGCGGCUCAUUGUGGAGCUGCCAAAGGUCAAAUUCAAACGUUGAAGCUUCUUAAACGUUAUGGCUCUGAUUUAUGGACCAAGAAUGUUCGCGGAGAUUUGCCCCUCCAUGACGCCGUUCAAUCUGGACGAAAAGAUUUAGUUCGAUGGCUCUUGGGCAAAAGUGGCGAAUCAUUGGUGGAUUCCUCAAAUAUCGAGGGUCGUACUGGUCUCCAUAUUGCCGCAAUGAACAAUAAUGUGGAGAUGUGCAAGAUAUUAAUGGAUCAUAACGCGUCCGUGAAUCCUAUCAUGAGGAACAGCAAAGGUCAUUUAAUGACACCUCUGGACGCUGCCCUUUACAAAGGCUUCAGAGGUUGUGCCAAAUUCAUUCAAUUGCAUGGAGGUGUUCCGGCGAGUAAGAUUACGGACCGAGUAGCUCUUCAAAAGGCCAUGGCUCGAGCUAUUGCUACCGCUAAGGAGGAAUCGGCGCUAAAUGAUUCUCCGCAUAAGGUGGGUGGUAUUGUGACACACUCGCCUUCACAAAAUCAAAAUGAAGUGGUCCAGUUGGAGGAAAAACCUGAGGUCCGAUUUGGCCCUACCCAAACUCAAACCAUCCAGCUUGUCGACGAAUCCACCGAAACGGAACAGAGGGGAUUUGUGGACGCAUCUUCGGGACGAGAAUCUCCGAUGCCCGAGGAUACUGAUUAUUCUUCAAAGGCUGAACGUGUCAAAGAUUCGAAGCAAAUGGCUGUCCAAACAGAAUGGGCCGAGACACAAGAAAUUGGAACAGAUGCUCCUACUUCUUUACUGUCUGAAGAGGAGGCCAAGAAUGAGGAGGAGGUCGAUAAACCUCUGGUUUCACAAGAUGUCAAAGAAACUCAGACUUCCUUCGACGUGCCUGAGGGCAGCGACAAGGAAGGGAAGAUCUUACGUCAAGGUGAAACCCCGGGUUAUGAAAUAAGUGAAUCCAAUGAGGACGAUGAACAAGGCAGCGAAAGCAACGACACCCUUGCCAAGGGUAGUGCUCCCCAGGGAAGAGAAUCACCUCUGAAAAGACCAUCCCGCAAGCACAGGACCAGCUUGAGGACUGGUUUGCAUAAGAAGAAGCACAUGGAUGUCAGGCACUCUAAUUCUGAAUCUGACGGCAAAGACGCCGACGAAGAAGAAGAUGACUCUUUUCUCAUUCCCGGUUCAAGCAGAAACACGGAAGCGUCUUACAUGAAAGAUUCUGGGUUCAGUGACGCCAAUUUCCCUGGCUCUCCCGAGGAGCAGAAGAGACAUUCCAAGUCAAGAAACAAAUACUUCCAACGCGAGUUUCCUCCUCUAAAAGAAAAACCUUCUUUGGUGUCCCCUUCGGAGUACGAAGAUUCGGAGGAGGAGGAAAAAACGCGAUCCAGAACUAUUUCUGUUAGAUCUCGACACAACAAUUCACAGUCUGCUAAAGUGAACGGCAUGGAGUUGAGAGACAAACGAGACUCAACCGUCAUAUCGGUGACCCAGGCAGUUCAAAACAAUCUCCGAAAGUACCAAAUUGAAAGGAGAGUUUUCCAAGAGCUGUUGGAACUCAAGCGCCUCCAAAUUAGAGCUGGACGUGCCAAUGAGCAAGUCUUAGUCAAACGACUCGCAGAUGAAUACAGCAAAUCCAUUGCUAGCUUGGCUGGUCUGAAGAGGCACGAUGGACCAUUCACUUUCAAGGAUUUUGAACGCUACCUUUACGGCCAAUUGCGUGGCAGUCAAUACGGCCGUCCCAGUUCAAUGCCUCUUUUGUCAGCUCAAAGUGUGUCCAAUGAAGUGCGGGUGUUGAUCGAAUCUCGAACUCAGCAUCGGCCUCACUCGAACUCGGCGGGGCUAAGUAAUCAGAUUCGUUCCAUUCAUCGAAGCAAUACCAAGAUAAGUCCUCGCUUUAAGACCUCCGACGACUUAGAGCGGAUUAGCAAGGCCUUGAAGCGUCAUGGUGUUGAUUGCAUGGGACUUGGAGUGGAUGACGAUAUCGAUGAUCCCACGUUAUGCACACACUCAACCCACAGAUGCCAUCAUGCUGCCCAUGCCUACACAGGAGAGCCUUGCGUAAUAGGGAGCAAAGGAGUUGUUCCACAAAAAGUUCGGUCUGCCAAAAGCAAAGAACUCGUUCUUCCUAAAAUCGAUAGUGGGUUAAGCCAUCGCAAUAUAUCUUCCGCGCCCAAUCGCUUUGGGAGCUCCAUUCAAACGUUCGAUCCGAAGGAUCCUUUGACUCUGGAGCUUCAUCAUGGCCGCCAAUCUCAUUCCGUUCAGCUUCCAACCGAGACUUUGGACAAAAACAAAAAAUAUUUCGUGACAUUUACUUUGAAUCAAUCAUCGGGGAAAGAGGGACAAGGAAACAUUCGCAAAUGAUGACGAUUUCCAUGUGUUUAUAUUUCGUUCGUAAAACGAGAUGAACAUGUAAUAAAUGGUACUCUUUUGAAA